AUGAGUGAAUGCUCACGAAUAAAGACUCCAAAUCAAACGAAGCUUCACAUUAUCAAAGUAAAUGAGAACUUGUUUAGCUGGGCCAAUAUUUUCUAUGAAUGCACUCAUAAAACUGGCAAAAAUAUGGAACACUACACACUGCUUCCACUAAUAAUCAUUGUGUGUUUAUGCCAAAGAUUGGAAACAUCUUUUUACCUUAGAACAAAAAAUAUUUGCAGUAGUCGUGACAAAGUUUCCAUUAUCGGUGGGGAACAAAGACGCUUAGUUACAGAAGGAGGUCGGGUAACACUAAUAUGCUGUGUACCAGGUAAAAGUAAUGGUCAUGAUCAUGAGCAACUUGUAUGGAAUAGCCCGGAUGGAAAAGAAUUAGUAAACUAUUUUUCUAACCCAAUAUCUGAUAAUCAACACACUGCAUAUUCUGUGCCUGAUUUUCACUCAAAAGAUCACUUGAUAACUAUGAUGGUUAUUCAGAAAUUCCAAGCCAAAGAUAGUGGCCAGUAUACAUGUCGAAACACACACCCUAGUUCUACAGCCCUUCCAGCUAGUGUCUUUAUAGAUGUCAGACCUAGGCUUUUGGCAGACUUCAUUCCAUUACCCCCAUCUAAUGUAGAGGAUUCUGGUUCAGCAGUUGUGGCUGGUGUUGCAGUGUCUGUCGCUCUUGAAGAAGGACGAAGAGGAGAAAUAAAAUGCCGAGUUAACUCACAACUUAAUCUCGAUAGUGUUCAACUUACGUGGUUUUUUCAGGGUCGUCAACUGAUUACGCCGUCCAUCGUAAUGAAACAAAUAGGACAAAAGAAUUUGUUUAAAGUCAAUAACACUAGCCUUGAGAACCCUCUUACUGAAAUUGAAAAUCCUGAUAUUUUCCCACCAUCCUCACAUGAAAGAAAUUUUGCAUCAGGGUCAAACCAACUGUUUACCGAGCAACUAAACCGCCCUGUUGCCCUUGAUCCUGAAGAAUUGGGUAUACAAAUUUCUCAGAAUGGACAAAUACUAGAUAUUUCGAGAGUGGAUACACGUCAUUCAGGAAUAUUUUUAUGCAAGGCAGAAACUGUUAAUCCAACAUGGUCACCACAAAAUUCAGAAUACGGUUCACGCUUAUACGAAAGUGGAGUUGUAACUUCACCUUUCUUGAUACAAAUCCAAGCCAUUCGUGGCAUAGUUUAUUCACGUCCACGUUUACUCCCGGGAAGCCCCAUGGAAGUAUUCUCUACAACUGAUUCAGAUGAAUCACAGUUGGUGGAUCCAUAUAAACACUUUGUUAACAAGCGUCAGGAUGAACAGAGAUUAGAUACAAUUCCAGGUUCAUCCAGUUAUUUGCAAACUGUCUUGCCUUUAUGGCGUGGUAGUGAUAAAGAGAAAGAAAAACCUAUUAUGACAAAUGCAAGAAAGAUAGUUCAGGAAGGUGGAAGACUCAUAUUAGAAUGCCAAGCUCGUGGGAGACCGAGUCCCCAACUACUCUGGUAUAGAGGUGGUAUGGGAUCUUCAACAACAAACAGUUCUCAGGCUAUUACAUUCGAUCAACGGAUCAAGUCAGCAUUACAGCACUUACCUUUGGAAGAUGUACAACGAGAACUGGGAAUUCUUAUCGCUGACUUCGAUCAUCUUUUUCCUGCUGUAAUUAACAUGGUAAAUAUAUCAAAUGAAGUUACAAACAAAGCACCUGAAAAUCCCGGAAGCAUUCACAGAAAAGGAAUACAAACACAUGAAUUAGGUCGUUUUCAGUUGUCUACUGGUCUUCGAAAAGAUGACCAGGGAGACCCCGUUAUAGCAAUGUCACGCCUAACAAUCAAUAACUUAAUGCCUUCAGAUGCCACUCGUUAUACUUGUCUUGCCCUCUUGAAUUUGAAUUACUAUGGUGGGGCUGGAAAUUUUACUGAUGUUGGGAGCAUUCUUCCUGAUGUUGUUCUCAGACCCAGAUUUGUUCGCUCAGGAACUAAUUUAAAAGCCAGCGGAUAUCCUGGAGAAAGUUGCAGGCUAACAUGUGAAGCAUAUGGCGGUCUUCCGAAUGAAAUGGGUCUACGGGUUCGGCUUUUAAAAGGUCCUGGUGUCAACAAACUAAUUUCUUCUUUAUCUUAUUCUAUGUAUUCAGAAAAUAAAAAUCCUAUAUUUAAAUCCUAUGAAGAUCUUGCUGAACCUCAGUCAGUUCAUUCUUCAUACACCAACCCAAUGUUUAAUCAUAAAUCAUUCGUUAAAGACAACGAAUUAAAUGACUGGUUUCCAUCUGAUACACAGUACACAAGUUUGUUGACUGGAAAUGGCAUGAGCGAUAAAUCAAAUAACAGUGAUUUUAUUGAAAUUGUCAAACCUGGUAUGAAUCCUCGAUAUCACUUGAAAGUUGAACCAGAUCCGCGAAAUCCAUACGCAACAAUUUUACGUUUGGAUAUUACAGAUUUAACACCAGAAGAUAAUUCAUUUUAUUUAUGUGAAGCACUCUCCGGACCUCAUUGGCGAGCAGUUACUCCUACAUCAUCAGAACCGCCUGGGAGAGUGACAGUUUGGUUCGCUCCACCUGCCGCAGAGCCUCGACCUAUUAGUGAAAUAUCAGACCGAUUGGAUGCGGAUGAAAGUGAAACACUCUCUCAACCUGGCAAAUAUGUUGUUUAUGGUCUAUCUCAUUUACCUUCUAAAAUAGCUUGUCAAGCACUAGGACAACCAACACCUCAAUGGAAAUGGGUGGGACCACAAAGUGGACCAAGUGUACCAUUAGGUGAACUAAAUGAUCCGAAAGGUUAUAUUAAAAUGGACUAUCAAGACGGCGAAUAUUCUGUAACUGAAUUAACUGUUCCUGCUGGUUAUUGGAAUGUCGGAGUAUUUGGUACUUAUUCAUGUACUGCAACCAAUAGAUUAGGCCAUGCUACUGGGCAUGUUCGACUGCAGCUAGCUAGCCAUCCUGGUAGACCAGCUUUAAGAGCUUGUAGAGUUGAAGCAACUUUAAUUGAAUUGUGUGUUGAACCUCCAAAUGAGACAGGUGGUUUGCCACUAACUCAUUAUGAAUUAAGAAUCCAAACUCAUCCACGUGGUGCUUUUCAUGGGCCUUUCGCUUAUCUUCCUGGUCGCAGAGUGCUGAGAUUACCAAAUCUUAUUCCAGGUUAUUACUAUCGAUUUGCUCUGUCAGCCGUAUCAAGAGCAGGAAGAGGACCAAAUGCGUAUUUACAGGUUACAACUAAUCGAUUAUCUAGACCUGUACUUAAACUACUUGCUUCUCAGGAUUAUAUUAGUCCCACAGGAUAUAAUGUUCAUUGGAAUACAGAAACUACAAACGGUAUGGAUAUCAAUCAAUAUAAUAUCAAUAUAAGACCAGUAGAAGUUGAUUAUUCCAUGGGUGAGAUAGUUGGACGUCCUAUUGGAUCUUGGACUCAUUUUAAUAACAUUGAACCUCUGUGUGUUACAUCAGUGGCAGAAGAUCAAAAAAUAUGCAAUUUCUUAAUUGACGAUUUAAAGCCAAACAGUGCAUACGAACUAGAAUUAUCUGGACAGAAUUCAAUGGGAUUCUCAGAAACACAACGAAUCAUAUUUAGAACAUCAUCAUUGACAGGUGUGAAUGGACGAAUACUAAAUAUGCCCUCAACUAUGAGGUUAAAAGGGAAAUCUAAUCAUGUUCAUCUAGCAAAUAGUUCACUUAUUUUUCUGUUAGUCACUAUUCUACACUUCAACUUAAUUUAUAAAAGACUUAUGUUUCAGUUAUUGAUAAACAAGAUAUAG